CGGCACCCACGUCCGCUUAACCGCAGAUGCAGUAGUGAGGUGUUAGGCUGUCUGAUGGAGCUCUUCUAAGUGCUUUUUACCUCAGCGGAACCGCGUUAUUCAUCUCCAUAACUUAAAAACGCGUUGAUAUAUAUAUUUAUUGUCACGAGUGAAGCUGUGUUUGUUUUACGUCACUCUUGUCUUCGCGGGGAUGCAGUAACGCGGCUGUGUCAGACAGUAACUGGGGGGGGCGAAUCAAUCGCCUGUGUCGAACCACCAUCUCAUCAUUUUUCAUACCGAGUAUCUUUACAUUUUAGAGAGAAAUUAAACGCCUGUCAUGGCGGCUCAGAAAAUAAACGAAGCGCAUGAUCAUAUCGCAAAGGCUGAAAAACACUUAAAGACAAGUUUCAUGAAGUGGAAACCCGACUAUGACAGCGCUGCAUCAGAAUACGCCAAAGCAGCUGUUGCUUUCAAAAAUGCCAAGCAGCUUGAACAGGCAAAGGAUGCGUACCUGAAGGAGGCAGAGUGCCACACCAACAAUCGAGCCCUCUUCCAUGCUGCUAAGGCUCUUGAACAGGCCGGUAUGAUGCUGAAGGACAUGCAGCGGAUGCCUGAGGCGAUCCAGUACAUUGAGAAAGCUAGCACGAUGUAUGUGGAGAACGGCACCCCUGACACUGCUGCUAUGGCGCUGGACAGGGCUGGAAAGCUAAUUGAGCCUGUAGAUCUAGACAAGGCAGUUCACCUUUACCAACAGGCAGCGUCAGUAUUUGAGAAUGAAGAUCGUCUAAGGCAGGCUGCUGAACUUCUAGGGAAAGCCUCAAGGCUUCUUGUCAGACUGCGCAGGUUUGACGAAGCAGCCGUUUCCCUACAGAAAGAGAAGAACAUGUACAAAGAAAUAGAGAACUACCCUACCUGCUUCAAGAAAACCAUUGCCCAAGUGCUUGUUCAGCUUCACAGAAAUGACUUUGUUGCUGCAGACAAAUGCGUCCGUGAGAGUUACAGCAUCCCAGGAUUCAGUGGGAGCGAGGACUGUGUUGCCAUGGAGCAGCUACUCCAGGCGUACGAUGAACAAGAUGAGGACCAAAUGAGCCGUGUGUGCAACUCCCCCCUGCUCAAGUAUAUGGACAACGAUUAUGCCAAGCUGGCAAUCAGCCUGAUGGUGCCAGGAGGUGGAAAAAAGAAGAAAUCUCCCAUCACCCCUGAAGGCGAUGUUGGUGGGACACAGGCUGCCGAGGAGGAGGACGAGUAUGCGGGGGGGCUGUGUUAGCCCCACAUGUGUUACAGCGAUCAUCUGCCUUGCUGUGCUUCCCCAUGGUGCGCUGUGGGGUUGCAUCACAUCUAGGCCUCUACCACCUUGCUUCCUUGGGCACAUUCUGAAUGUUUCUGAGGUGAUUCUCCUCUGCUGCACAACUGUCCAGACACUAUUAUGCACUUGCACGGUUAUGAAAGAAGCAUGAUAACAAUAGAGUUACUUACGAUAUGGAAUAUUUUGUCCCUUUGGGUUUUUUUUAUGUUUUGCAUUAUAGCAGAGUUUCCCCCAAAGAAGGUCCACAGCUGACAUUUUUUUUGUAUUGUUUCCCAUUGUCUUCCUUUCUACAUUGAAUUUGUAGAGAAAUUGUUGUCAUCUUU